GAGCGAUCUGGCUAAAGAAAUAAAAACAAUGUUGGAAUUACAAGUAAUUGAGCAAUCAAACAAUGACUGGUGCAGCCCGGUGUUGAUGGAGUCAAAACCUAAUUGAACUAUAAGAUUUUGUAUGGAUUUCAGAAAAGUUGUAACCAGAGUCAAAAGAUAAAACAGCAUUUGUAACUCCACAGAGUUUGUUCCAAUUUACAGUGUUGCCUUUCGGACUGCACGGUGCACCAGCCACUUUUCAAAGGCUUAUGAACAGGGUGCUCAGGCCACAUAGUCACUAUGCAGCAGCUUAUCUCGACGAUGUGGUCAUUUUUAGCCUUGAUUGGGAGUCUCAUGUACACAAGGUGGAAGCGGUAUUGAGAUCGUUAAGGGAAGCAGGCUUAACAGCUAAUAAAAAGAAGUGUGCAUGAUGUGUAUGUGCCGAACAUUAAUGUGGAGGCUUUAGGACCCUGGUGAUAGACACAUACACUUAAUCAUAGCAAAAGUAACAAUUGGUUAAUUGAAUCAUUACUGGGUAAAUGCUGAUCAGAUGCAACUGAUCAAGUUGGGGAAUAAAAAGAUCACAGUUUGUGUGUUCGGGGAAGAGGAUUGAAGUGGAGAGAUAGGAGAAAACUGAACAGUGGACAAGUGUGUUGGACAAAGAAGGAUUUUCUGAUAACGAAGCAGAGUGUACCAGUUACAGCAAGAAGCCCCACGCCCCAAAAGGAUCAUUUGCCCCCAGGAGGUUGAGAACAGGCCGAAGUACUAUGGAAGGGAGUUUCACGGGAUGAUUUCUCGAGAGCAAGCUGAUGAGCUCCUCUCGGGUGCUGAAGGAGCCUAUCUUAUUCGAGAGAGCCAGCGGCAGCCUGGCUCCUACACACUGGCUUUGAGAUUUGGCUAUAAGACCUUAAAUUAUAGACUGUUCUACGAUGGAAAGCACUUUGUGGGUGAGAAGAGAUUUGAGUCAAUUCAUGAUCUCGUAACAGAUGGUUUCAUCACACUGUACAUAGAAACGAAAGCCUCAGAGUACAUCGCGAAGAUGACGACUAAUCCCAUUUAUGAACACGUGGGGUAUGCAUCGCUCCUGAGAGAAAAGGUGUCAAGAAGAACUAGUAAAACCAAGCACGAUUCCAAGAAGGCACUGCUUGUGAGGGUAGACAGCAACUCUGUGGAAAUGAUCACAUCGCUGGUCAGGAGGGCAGCACUAAAGGAAAACGAGAACCAAUUUAACUAUGAGAAGGCUCACAAUUUUAAGGUCCACACAUUCAAAGGUCCUCACUGGUGCGAGUACUGUGCUAAUUUCAUGUGGGGGCUCAUCGCUCAGGGAGUCAGGUGUUCAGACUGUGGGCUGAAUGUACAUAAACAGUGUUCCAAAUUUGUGCCCAAUGACUGUCAGCCGGACCUGAAGCGGAUCAAGAAGGUGUACUGCUGUGACCUGACCACCCUGGUAAAGGCACACAACACUCAGAGACCCAUGGUGGUGGACAUGUGCAUCCGGGAAAUAGAAGAAAGAGGUUUGAAAUCCGAAGGGCUGUACAGAGUCUCUGGGUUCACUGAACACAUUGAAGAUGUAAAAAUGGGCUUUGAUCGAGAUGGUCACAAGGCUGACAUUGGUGCGGACACGUACGCAGACAUCAACAUCAUUGCGAGUGCUCUUAAACUGUAUUUCCGGGACUUACCGAUACCACUUAUCACCUACGAUGCCUAUUCUAAAUUUAUAGAAGCAGCAAAACUUAUUAACCCGGACUCCAGGUUAGAGGCGAUUCAUGAGGCCCUGCUGUUGCUGCCCCCUGCACACUAUGAGACGCUGCGGUACCUAGCAACUCAUCUUAAGAAGGUAACUAUGUACGAAAAGGACAAUUUUAUGAAUUCUGAAAACCUUGGAAUCGUCUUUGGACCAACAUUAAUGCGGCCCCCUGACCAAAACACACUCGCCACCUUGAAUGACAUGAGGUAUCAGAAAUCAAUUGUGCAGCUCUUAAUCGAAAACGAAGAUGUUUUGUUCUAAACAGAUGCGGUGCAUCAACCCCUGCUAUAGCAGCUUUGGAAAUGAUUCAGUUGAAUUACUGGAAAUGUUUCUUGUUAAGGAUGAUCAGCUGGACUUAAUGUUCUCCAGUUCUGCAGAUGAAUGCAAAUGAUGUUUCUCUGUCUUAUAGACAGAUCUCUGUUUGUAAGGGUCAGGCAAAGCCUUCUGUCCUGUAUCUUUAAAUGUCAAUCACACAAUAGGUUAUACAUUGUGGGUAUUGCUUCCAUUUUGCACUAAAUCCAUAUUUGCAUCUGCAUCUUUUGUGCUCUGGGAGGAGAGGUGCACACAUAUUUACACAAAUUAAAUAGUAUUUUAGUAAGACACAUAUAUGUGGGGAAAAAUAAAAACAUACUUGAUUGUGUUGUACACCUCCUACAAUGCUAGGGUCACAUAUUUCCACAAGGGCUUUAUACACCUGACCCUUUUCACAAAAUUAACUCAUGAGUAAAUUCAAAGACUGGUAUGCAUUGAAAUAAAGUCAGCUAUUCAUAGCAUGAUUCUAAAUUGACGUUUUGAACUGCAGCCAAGAAAAGGUUAAUGAAUAACAUUUACUUAAGGAAUUGAGCGCUUGUUCAAACGUUUUCUUCUUAAAAUACAUCUGAGGGUGACUCAAGUAUCACGAGGAUACUGACAAUUUGGAUGACCAGAUCCAGCCGAUCAGUAAAUUGUAAACUCUGUUUCGUGCACCUCAUUGCAAAAAUAAGAAAGUUAGCAUCAUUUUAUUUGUGGGACACAUGUGUCCCUUGUACCUUAAAGGGUUAAAACUCCAGUUGCUUAGAAAUGUGGAUUAUUAUAUUCAAAUGACUCUCUUAUGUGGAGCAAGUAGUUUUCAAAAUACACCUGUAGUGCAAAGGCAGUAAUGACAAAUUAGCCAACUAAUUGUGGUGCAAAAGGAGGUUGUCCCUGGAGAUAAAACUUCAAUUUUGCUAAUGACUCAGAGACUCUCUGGACUUUGGGGAGUCCACAUUCCAAUCCUGUACAAACAAGAACAUCAGCCUCAUGAAGUGUUGGUGUUAUUUAAAGCUGAAAUCUGGAUUGAGCUCAAUUUGCUAAAGCCUUGUAUUUAAACAAGCGUAAUGUGUAAAAUAUACAAUAGAAAUGUGACAUACUUAUAUGUUUGAAACAGAGGAACAAAAUCAAGGCUGAUAGUUGUACUUUUAAGUGUUAAAAGUAUGUUUUAUGAGCUAGUUUCUGGACACAGUGCUUCGCCUUUUAUGUAUGCUAUUUCUCAAUUUAAUUGAGUUAAAUUAGGUUAUUAAAAUGUUUGAAUGUAGUAUGUCAUCGUUCUUUAUACAUCAGAGACAUACUUUGCACCUACUGCAUAUUUUGUAUCAGGCUAAAAGUAAACCAAACAUCUUUCCAAAAAAUACAGCAACCAAAUAUUGAUAUUAACAAGGAUUUAGAAAAUGUUCUAUCAAAUUGAUCCUUGUACUACCUAGUUUUAUUAGAUUCAUUACCUGCAGUGCAAUAUUAGGGUUACAAGCACUUACACAGCUUGGCUUAUUAUUUACACUACAACCUUAUUCUUUAAUGGUGUACAUUAUUCACCUGGAAAAACACCAAAACAUAAAUCACAGUAUUGUCCAUAAAUAUGAAAAUCUAUUCCACUUGUUUGUUCAGCGUUGUACAACAUUCAGUUAUUCUUCCAUUCAAGCUCAGUUUAUUCAACUGGGUCAGCUUAUUCUGUAAAACUUGCAAAAGACAGCUCAUGUUGUGUGAGCACACAGCAAAUUGGCCAGUGUUAAAUCCACUCUGUAGGAGUCAAAUCUAACACUUUUCCAGUGUACAUAUGGCUCCACCCUCCAUAGUGUAAAAGUUAUACUUUUGUAAAAGUUAAAAAAAAUAACACUUUCAUAGUGUAAAACAUUUAACACUAUGGGAGUUAAAUUGACGUCUCUUUCAGUGUAUAACUAGCACCCCUUUAUUGUAAACUAACUACCUAAGGUUUGGAAAUAACACUGGGAACGUGAUGUUAACACUGCUGUAGUGACAAUUUAACUCAUAUGAGUACACAAUUGUACUCUGUAUAUAAACCAUGUACACUUAACAAGUGUAAACUAAUAGCUUCUUAAUUUGUCAGAUAUUGUUUGAUUGCCUUGAAAGUAAAUUAAAGUAUUUUAGCAAGCACAGGAAUAAUUGGGAAGAUACACACCAAGACUCACAGAUACAACAUAGUUUAUUUGGGUAGCCAACACCCACAGCACCAUCCAAACACUCAAACUCACACACAGACAGCCCUUUCCUCACCCCAGAGCACUACCCCGCCCCUCAAGGUGACAUUCACAUAGUACGUAAAACAACACAGGAAGGUUUCGAUGGUUAUAGGGUAUGGCAAAAUAACUAAUAGGGGCACUUAAAAUAAUCACAUUUAUAACAACAAUAACAACAGUAUUUCCCUUGCCCUAUUUCCCACUCCCAGCGUCCUCUGCUGCUAAUUAUCAUAUUUGUGGAGGCCAGCUCCGGGCACGGCACACAAUCAACCAACAGGUGACAAUGGAGAGUCAGUCCAGCCGUGCCCGUUACAAUAUAUUAGUCUACCUUGAACUUCUCCAGCACGGACAGAAGCGGCGCCAUUACAGAAACCACUGACUAAAGUCCCGGAUGUUGAUUUUAUUACUCAGGAUUAGUGUACUUUAUUUUACACUGUGAAACGUACCUUGGUUUAGAUAUGAAACACUGACGGUUAACACUGGGAUUUCAACACUGGCCAAUUUGCUGUUUAGAAAUAAAGAAUGAACAAUCUGUCUCUCAAGUUCCAAACUAUUAAAGGUGCAGGACAGCGGGCAGUCCAGGCCCCGAAUUCAUAUUUAGCACUUUCCUCCUCUUUCUCUUAAGUCUGUAUUUAAUCUGCUUGUAAAACAAGUUGUAUGGUUCAGAUGUGUUGUUUCUGUAUUUAUAUAGGUACUUUAAAAAGAUUAAUAUUUUCAUUGAUGCAUAUAAGUGAUGUACAUUCCUGAAGUGAAAGAAGAUAGUGAAAGAAGAUAGUGAAAAAGGUACGACAUAGGUCACUGAUUAGUGACACUGUGCAUUGAGUUACGUACUGAAUAUUAUGCAUUUUAAUUUGAAUAUUUUUAUUUUACAAGGAUAUUCAUGUGAAAACAUUGUACAAAUACAGUACUGUUAUAUUUAUUGUAGCUCGAUAUAUUUAUGCAGAAAAAUGCAUUUUGCAUAACUGUUAACCUAAGUGGUUAAUGUCAGUAGGUGCCUUUUACUUAAUUUACAUUUACUCUGAAAUGCUAUGGAGAUCAACUGGAAAAGAGCUGCAUAGGUUAAAAACUGUUCAUUUAAACCUCUUGCUUUUUUGUUUGUCAUUUACAUUCAACCUUUUUAUUUGCUAUGAUUAAGGUACUUAUUUUCUACAAAAUGUGUGAAAAAAAGAUUUGCAAUUCAGUUUCUAAUUUCUAAAAAAACAAAUGUAGAUACAUUGAUUAAAUGUGUUUAAAAAUGCUAUUGUUAUGUUGUCCUUUGUAAGCUAUAUUUAGUAAGCGAUUUACAUGUGUAUGUGACUGGGAGAUAGAGGAUGCACAUGUACACUACAUCUCACUGUGUGUACAUCUGUUACAUAUCUUGAGAUAUUGUUCUUCCACUUGGUAUGGGAAUUCCUCAGCAUGGGUUCCUGGUCAAAACCAUAGAGCUAAUGAAGGCAAUGUGGUUUAUGGAAUUAAUCUACGUAAGUGACAGCAUGGACGCUGUAAAUCAAAGUUAUAGGAGUCACAAGCUUUCCUUGAAAACUUAGGAAAAUAAAUAUGCCCCUCUAUGGUUCUGAUUAAAAUAUGCAUGUGCAUUUGUUAUGAGAUCCAGUUCUACAUGCUGGUGAGUUACUUGUUCAUGGUCCUGAGUUCCGACACCUGUAAGAUUUAUUCAUAUAAUUGGCAGCGGAGAUGUGCUGUACUCAGUGUUACUGUACUAACACACAUUAAAGGAGAUUUAGAAAAUGUACAAGCAGGAAACAAUAUAAAUCAUCAGACUUGUGCAAUGCUCCGUUCAACAAGCAAAAACACUAGGUACUCAUUUACUUUGCAGAGCACAACGUGUAGGUUCUGUGCUUAUUGUUUUCCAAUGAUGGAAAUGCAAAACAAACAUUGAGUGUUGCACCUUGAACAUGUGAAAGCCAGGCUGCAUAUAACAAUGUACCUUAAUCUAAAAAGUGUGGGGUCACAUUAAUUAAGGCAGAACCAUUGGAGGUGGGGUAUUUGUUGUAUGUUUCAUCCCACUCAUACAUCUUGUCUGCCCAAUAUUAUGGUAUCCCAGAAGAGAUCAUUAGCACAUCUUCAAAUACAUGUACAGAUCUUAACGUGUGUGCCCCCGUAUUAUUAAUUUGUUACUAAUGUAGAAUGACUCGGAAGGGAAUGUUUGUUCCUCACAAAUUAAUUUCUGUAAUGGUGACUGCCAGGACCAUUGCUGCCGUUGUUUUAAGCAGCUUUGAGAAUAAAAAUGAUUAUUUUAUGAUUGAUGUCAAGAAUUCAAUUACACAAAAACAUUUGUUAUUGUGAUUUUUUUUUAAAUCUGAGUUACUAUAUUCUUAAUAUAAAAAAUUGGUAAAUGUUUUACGUACAUUUUUGAUAGCCAUAAUACAUUUUCCAGCAACAAGGAUAGAGUGAAGGCACCCACAUGUCCCAUCAGUCUGUAUAUAUUUAUGUAAGUCACAUUCACAUUUUUAUAUAUGACUGGAGAACUACUUGUCUUAUUCUGAUGAAACUUGGCAAGAAUGUUUAUUGAAAGUAUCAGAAUCUUAUAUUUGAUAUGUUUAUAUAUGUUUUUAUUUUUCUUCUACGUUGACACUGUUUGGUAUUACAAAAUAAUAAACUUUAUCUUAUAACCCAUAUAUAAUAUUACACAUGUCAUGGUGCUAAACUUGAUACUGUCACCAUAAUGGCGCUAUCCUUUUAUCAGAAUCUGAGGUAGGGGUUGUGUAUGCCAUUGAUAUAUUUGUUUUCUGGGUAAUACCACAGGAAUGUGUCAUGAACUGUAAAUGCACCUGAAGGUAAACAGAUUUCAAAUGUUGAUAAGAAACUGAGCAUAGCUAUGUCUUGAACCUUCCCAUUGAAAGUCUGUAAACCUCUUUGAUUUCAAUCAUUUCUGUAGCUCUCAGGCAGAAUGCCCAGUUUCACUGCAGGAUAACUUUCUGGCACUGAAGCAAACCUAAAAGUUUCUGUACUCUGCAGCUACUUCUCACUGGUAGCACAACACAAAAUAAUACAGUUUGUGUAGUUCAUAACAUUGAAGACAUGGGCAUCAAAGCUUGUGCACACUGCACUGUCUAUUACAUGCUUAUUUUUUAAAAACAUUUUGCUAUAUCACAGGUGAUUUUGAGAACUAGUUGUUUUCUCAGCAGAAGCAAAACAUUGUGCAUUUGAGCCUACUUUCCACAUUUUAUGUAUGCAUUUUUACUACUUUCUAAACUAAGUUAAAGUACAUUUUCAUCUUCAUUAAUAUCUUCUGUUUUAAGUCACUCUAGUUUGCACUGCUGGAGUCACUCUAGUUUGCAUCUGCCAUAGAGAAUACAAAAUGUUCAGCUUCUCUCUUCCUA